UCAGUGUUACCCCUCCCCCACCGCCGUGCUCCGUUUCACUCAAAGAUGGCGUCGGCUCGAGAGCCUCUGGUCUCUGGCUGCAUUUUCAGGCUUGUUGUUGUCUCCGUUUUGCGCGGUUUUGGAACCCUUCCCCCGGCGGAUCGACACGGAAUUCCGGGUGGUGCUGCCGAAGUGCAAUAGACAUGAGGGUGAUCAGCCCCAUCUACUCCGUCCUGGUGUUGAGAAGCCCAGACUGCUGGAGUUGAAAAACAGUGAAAGGAAAAAAGGAUAAGAGGGGGCAAGAUAUUGUGGAGGCAAGGGAAUUUAAAGAACUACAAUACAUCACAAAUACCCACACAGACGUUUGUCAAUCUAACAUGAAAACUCAUGUCUUGGGGAACAUGGCCAUUUUUUCUAACUCACAAUGACAGUUUGGUUACCUUACCAGUGACUGUAAACUAACUGGUUAGUUGCGAUUACAGCCUUAUUAUAUUGUUCUUUUUUUUGUUUGUUUGUUACAUUUUGUUGAAGAAAACUUUUCCUACAUUAAUACCAGCCUCUGCCCAGUGAUACAAGUGGGUGGGCCUGAUUUUACUGGGUGGUUGGUUUUGGGGCUUGUGCUAUGGUCAGCUGCUUACUACCGCGUUGUGCAUACGCGACUUCAGCGGGAGUCUCUGUGCGGCCCCAGGACAAGGGAUAGUAAACUGCGGAGAAAAAAGCACAAGAAGCAAAGGAGUGGGCGGCGCUUCGGCGCAGGCCAGGUGUCUUUGGCUCGUAGUUCACAUUUUUUUUGUUUGGUGAUUGUUGGAAGGCCCCAGGGCCACCGCGCCCUGAGAGACUGCAGUCAUGGUGAAACUGGCCAACCCCACAUACACCCAGUGCAUCCUAGAAGCCAUCAAGAAGGUCAAGAAACAGAAGCAGCGACCGUCUGAGGAGCGCAUUUGCAAUGCUGUCUCUAUGUCCCAUGGUCUGGACCGCAAGACUAUUCUGGAACAGUUAGAACUGAGCGUCAAAGAUGGGACCAUCCUUAAGGUUACCAACAAAGGUCUCAACUCUUACAAGGAUCCUGAGAACCCUGGACGUGUGGCUCUUCCAAAGUCCAAAGGGAGUGGCAGCUCUGGAGGAGGAGGUGGCAGCGGAGGUGGCAGCGGAGGUGGCAGCGGAGGUGGCAGCGGCGGUGGCAGCGGCGGUGGCAGCGGAGGUGGCAGCGGAGGUCCAAGCUUCCAAAGCCAUUUGGGAAAGAGACCUGGACUUGACUGGAACAAGUUGAUCAAGCGGGCACUGGAGGGCCUCCACGAACCAGGUGGCUCCUGCUUGAAAAACAUUGAGCGCUUUCUCAAGUGUCAGGCUGAUGUGGCAGCCUACCUGUCAGGCAGCGGCUCCAUGGGGCCUGGCAUCUUCCACCAGCAGCUAAGGGUGGCCCUCAAAAGGGCGGUGGCCCAUGGACGUGUGGCAAAGCAGGGUCCACUCUUUCAGUUCAUCAGCCGCAGCAGCUCCCACAAUGACGGCACUGGCAUGGUAUCCCUGGAAUCACUUCCCCCUGUCCGCCUGCUGCCUCAUGAGAAGGACAAGCCGGUGGCAGAGCCCAUCCCCAUCUGCAGCUUCUGUUUGGGGACCAAGGAGCAGAAUCGCGAUAAGAAACCUGAAGAGCUCAUCUCCUGUGCGGACUGUGGCAAUAGUGGCCACCCGUCCUGUCUCAAGUUCUCCCCAGAGCUCACGGUGAGAGUUAAGGCACUGUGGUGGCAGUGCAUUGAAUGCAAAACCUGCAGCAGCUGUCAGGAUCAAGGAAAGAAUGCGGACAAUAUGUUAUUUUGUGAUUCAUGUGACCGGGGCUUCCACAUGGAGUGUUGUGAUCCUCCCCUCACGCGGAUGCCAAAAGACUCAGGCAUGUGGAUUUGUCAAAUCUGCCAACCGAGGAAAAAGGGAAAGAAUCUUUUACAUGAAAAGGCAGCACAAAUUAAACGGCGCUAUAAUGCACCACUUGGACGACCCAGGAACAGGCCGGGGCGGCCCUUCAAAAAACUAGGUGGUCGCGCUCGGCGGAAGCGCUCGGCCUCGGCCAAUUCCUCCUCCAGCUCGUCUUGCGAAGGUUACCCUGGUGAUGACCGAUUACUUUUCUCGAUGCGGGAUGGUGACGACCUGACACAAAGCAGCCUUCGCUUCAACAACAAGACCAAGGGAUUAAUCGAUGCGCUCACAAAAUUUUUUACACCGUCGCCUGAGGGUCGCAAGGCACGCCAGGAAGUGGUCGACUACUCGGACCAGUGUCGCAUCAGAAAGAAAGCCAAUCGCAGCAAGGGAGAUGGAGACGACAGGGCGGACAAUCAAGAAGGCAGCGACUGGCGCGAUGAAGACGACAGAUUUCCUGGCCAUGAAAAUCUAACAGAAAAAGACAUUGAGCUGUUCAGACACAUCCAGGAGCUUGCGUUACAGAAAGUUGGGGUUACAGGCCCACCAGAUCCUCAGAUGCGAUGUCCAUCAGUCAUUGAAUUUGGAAAGUUUGACAUCCAAACAUGGUAUUCUUCUCCCUACCCGCAAGAGUACAGCAGACUACCCAAACUGUACUUGUGCGAAUUCUGCCUGCGCUACAUGAAGAGCCGUAGCAUCCUCUACCAGCACAUGAAGAAAUGCAACUGGUUCCAUCCUCCAGCUAAUGAGAUUUACAGGAAAGACGACGUCUCUGUGUUUGAGGUCGAUGGAAAUGUGAGCACAAUCUACUGCCAGAACCUGUGCCUGCUGGCCAAGCUUUUCCUCGACCAUAAGACCCUCUAUUACGAUGUGGAGCCCUUUCUUUUCUAUGUCCUCACGCAGAAUGACAACAAAGGUUGCCACCUUGUUGGCUACUUUUCUAAGGAGAAACACUGCCAACAGAAAUACAACGUAUCAUGCAUCAUGAUUCUUCCACAGUACCAGCGAAAGGGCUAUGGGCGCUUUCUCAUUGAUUUCAGCUACUUGCUAUCUAAACGCGAGGGCCAGCCUGGAUCACCAGAGAAGCCUCUCUCAGACCUCGGUCGGCUAUCCUACAUGGCCUAUUGGCGCAGCGAGGUCCUUGAGUGCCUCCAUAGAGUCCGUGACCGGCAGAUCACAAUAAGACAGCUCAGCAAACUGACUGGGAUUUGCCCGCAGGAUAUCACAACAACCCUGCAUAGCCUCAAUAUGCUUGAGCAACGAGGAGACAGGACUGUCCUGGUGCGACGAGAGAAGCUCAUAAAUAACCACAUAGCUCGUCUCAAGACCCGACCACGGCAGCUGGAGGUUGACCCAGAGUGUCUCCGCUGGACACCUGUCAUUGUAACUAAUACCGUGGUUUCUGAUGCUGAUGAGGAUGAAGAUGAAGAGGACGAUCAAGAACCAACAGUGGAUCACCGUAAGGAGAUCAAAUCAAGUCACAAGCUACCAUCAAUGUCUUGGCACAUGCGUCAAGCAAAGAAGAGGGAAGAUGAAGAGGAGGAAGAAGAGAGAAAGGGCUUCCUCGGGUUUCCUGUCAGCCAAAGUUCUCCAACAUCACCUCCAAUUCGUUGUCCACCUGCCCCACUGCCAGCACGUCCACCACUGCCAGCAAACGGCGAACGUAGACCCCGUGGUCGCCCACCCAAAAACUGGCCUUGGGGUAAAGCAGUUAAGGAUCGGCAGCGAGUUGGCCGGCCACCUAAAGUCCACGCAAUGGAGGAAGAGGGCGAGGAGGAUGAAAGGACAGAUGAAGGAAAAAUUGGCUCGACAGCUAUCCCUGUCUCCCUAUUCUCACUAGAGAGAAAAAUCGAGUCAGCAAGCUUUCGCACAAUAGACAUGGCCCGGCACCCCACCAUAACGCCGAUCCGAAGAGGACGCCCUCCGAGGAAAAAGAGAGGACCCAAACCGAGACAGAUGGAGGAGCCGAGUGAGGGGCUGGCACAGUUUCCUGGUGUUUCCAGGCCGUGUGAGUCUCCUUCCAUCAGGAAGAGUGGCUUCAGUGAUAGUAGCGAAGAAGAAGAAGAGGAUGACGACGACGAUGAGGAAAGCAGGACAUGCUCUCCUCCCAUACUCACAAAGCCAGCUAUGGGGCUCAAAUGCAAGAAGCCAUUGAGAAAGCGACGUUUUCGCCAGCGCAGCCACCCACACAGCAGCGUGGUGACAGAGACCAUUUCUGAGACCACAGAGGUUUUGGACGAACCAUUUGUCGACUCUGACUCCGAGAGGCCCAUGCCUAGGCUGGAGGAGGAGACAACCUUGGGCCACCCCUUGCGCCGCUAUCCUCCCGCUCGCUCUGCUCUUAGGUUGUCAGACCCUGUUCCCAAAAGGGGUCGACAUUGCAACCUCUCUGAUUCAGAGGAAGAUGAGCUAACUGCUAUGCUGAAUCCUAUGGCUGCAUUGCCAUCACGUCCUUUGGCAAAUCAAGCUGCCAAUCCUGAGGUGCCAGUCAAGAAGAAGAAAGGCUGGCCGAAGGGAAAGAGCCGUAAACCACUGCACUGGAAGAAACGAGGACCUGGAAGACCACCUGGAAGUGGAGCCAACCAGCGAGCUGCUGCAGAAAGCCAAGCGAGUGGCGCUCCCGCACCUCCCAAAAUCAAGAUGAAACCUGGACGGAAGCCUCGGAGCUGGUAUCUCCAGCGUGCCCAAGAGGAAGCAGAGAGGCAAGAGCAGGAGAGGCAAAGACUGCUGGAGCAACACUUGGACAAAGAUUCUCAUCCACUGUCAAUGGAUCGAACCGGCAAGCGUGUUUCAAGAGCCAUCUUGAAUAAAGAAAAAUACUCAGAUGAAGAUGAAUAUCUCCCUAUUCCUGUGGAACAGAAGGUACCAAAAAGGAGAGGAAGACCACCCAGGAACCCUGCCCUCCGUCAACCGCCCCCACCUGCCCCAAGGCCAUCUCUCAACUCUGAACCAGAGGAUGCAGAAGAGGAAGAUGACGAAGAGGAGGAGGAGGAGGAAGAGGAGGAUGCAGAUAGAACUUGGGAGGAAAACAAAUCUAGCCGCCCACGGCCCCGCCCCAUUUUGUCUGCUUCCUCUGCCUCAUCCAACUUAGGGCAUAGGGCCUCACAUUUCUGUCCUCAGGAUGUUGAUCUUGGCGAAAGAGGAGAAAAUGAUGAGGAAGAUGAAAGGGAAGAUGAGGAAUUUGAGAGCCAGGGCCAUGGUAAUCUUAAUUUGUCAAGGCGAGCAGCAGCCACACCAGGUUUAGGAAGCCGGCGUAGUGAGGAGCACGAUGCGGAUGAUGAAGGUGAUGGACACUUGGAGGACAAAAGCAACAGUAGCAGCAACAUUAGUAAGAAACGAAAAAGUCAGGAGUCUGACGACGAGGACGACGAAGAUGAGGAGGAAGAGCCUGCUUCCCAUGCGAGCUCCCCUCCAGUCAAAGAAGAACCACAAGGCGGAGAGGCUUUUUUAGACAUGGAGAACAGCAUGGCCCGGGAUUAUGUCAGCAAGCAGGAGGAUGAAGAGGAGGAGGAGGAGGAGCCUGAAGAGCAGGUGCAGGAGUCAAAGUGUCAACCCUCCUCCGCUGAUCCACAGCAAGAGGACAGGCGACGUAGAGAGCAGGAGGAAUCUGCUGCAGCCGCCGCAGCUGUGGAAACUGUUACGGCCAUGUCUGUUCCUUCUGAGCCCAUAGAGCUGCAGCCUUUGCAGACAGAGGACAAAGAUGUAGCACUGUUGAUAGAACCCCAACACAGCCACUCCCAUCCUCAUCAGCACUCUGACUUCAAAGAAGAGCUGGGUCACCAUCACUCACAUCAUCCACAUCACCACUCCAAUGAACUCGACUUGGAGACGGUCCAGGCAGUGCAGUCUCUGACACAAGGGGAAGCCCAGGAUGAAGAGACUGAGCCUCACCACGGGGCUUACCAGGACUGUGAAGAGACACUCGCUGCCUGUCGGACACUACAGAGUUACAGCAACACGGGGGAUGCUGAGGAGGAGGCCCUGGCAUUAGUAGAGGACUGUGGGGCCUCCCAACAUAGCAGCCCCUUGCAUAAUCCACCAAUGCCGCCAUUGCCUGGUCAAUCUGUGCGUUCAGUGAACAGUCCGGGCUUGUCCUCGACUAUCAUGGACACAGCAGCGGGAGGACAAAGGGGUGGGACUCCUGGCCCCACUGGAGUGGGAGGUGGAACUGGUGGUGGGUACACACAGAUCACCCCAGAACAUCCCAGUUCUCUGUCUGCACCAUCCCAGCAGAACAUUGAGACGUCACCUAUGAUGGAUGUCCCAUCUGUGUCGGACCACUCGCAGCAGGUGGUCGACAGUGGCUUCAGUGACCUGGGUAGUAUCGAAAGCACUACAGAGAAUUAUGACAACCCCAGCAGCUAUGACUCGACUAUGGGUGGAGGAAGCAACGCAACGGGAAAUGGGGGUAAUGGCAGUGGAAUGUCUGUGGCAGGUGCUUCUUCGGCCUCGUCUGCCGCCUCUUCUUCCAGCUCGGCCACUCCGUCUUCCUCACAGUCCAACAGCUGCUCAUUCGGGCCAACGCCCACUCUAACAUCUUCCACGGGGAAUGGAGGAGCUCAGCACGGAUUAGGAAGCUGUAGCCUCAUCCAGCAAACUGGACCCGGUCCCAACAGUGGUUCCGGAGCCAGUAAUGUUGGCAAUUCUGUCCCCCAACCCCCACCUCCUCCUCAUCCAUCUAACACCCCUGUCUGUGGCAUCAAGUCUCCCCAGAGCUGCGGUGUGAUUGAGAGGCCUCCCAGCACCAAUCAGCAACAGCCGCAGUCAUCCCAAAAGAAGGUUCCGCAGCAGCCUCCUCCUCAGCAGCAGCAGCAAGCGCCCAACUCUCAGCCUCCACCCUCAGCCCCCACUCCUCAACAGCAGCAGCCCCUGUCCCAAUGUAGCAUGGGAAAUGGCUUUGGCUCCACUCCCAUGAUUAUGGAGAUUCCUGAGAGCGGGGGCGGUGGAGGUGGUCGUACCCUGUAUGAGCGUAUGGGUCAGGACUUUGGCACAGGGGGGUACCCGCAACCCUCUGCAACUUUCAGCCUGGCCAAACUCCAGCAGCUUACAAACACCAUUAUGGACCCACACGGCAUGCCCUACUCUCACUCACCUUCCGUCACCUCUUAUGCCACCAGUGUGUCACUCUCUAACCCAGGGCUGGCACCCUCUGCCCAUGCGCCCCUCUCCCAGGGCCAGCCCACAAUGACUCCACCACCUAACCUCAGCUCCGGCUCCAUGAACUUGGGCUCCCUGCAGCUGCAAUGCAACAUGCCCACCACCAACAUCAGUCUGGGUCCCCCGCCCCACACACAGCGACUGCAGGGCCAAAUGCCCACUGUCAAAGGCCAUAUUUCCAUUCGGUCCAAAGCCACUCAGCAACUAGCCCCGGCCCCGCACCAGCAGCAGCUCUAUGGACGCAGCUCUGGGGCCGUGGCCAUGCAAGGCACACCACGCACCUUGGCUGUUCAACGCGGCAUGAUGCCAAACCUCAUGCCAACGCCGGCACCGUACAAUUCCAUGAACAUGACAUCGCUCAAUCCCAUGUCGGCCGGAUACCGAAUGGCCCAACCAAUGAUGAACAGUGGUUACCAUGGUAAUCCUCCUUACAUGAAUCAGCCAGCUCAGUAUCCCAUGCAAAUGCAGAUGGGAAUGAUGGGAGGGCAGGGUUACCCCCAGCAGCCUAUGCAGCCAAAUCACCAUGGCAACAUGAUGUACACAGGCCCCUCCCAUCAUAGCUAUGCUGGUGUCCCAAAACAGUCGCCCUACAUGAGCAGAUGAAGACAUGGGUCCAUGGCUGAUUCUUGCUGUACUUUAAAUGUGCAUCAUGUUCACACUCUACAGUGCCGCGGAAGGCACCAAGAGUGCUGGUGAAUGGAAACCGGGGGUCUCCUGCUUUUCUGUGUAAUCAUUUUGUCCAUUUCUCAUAAGAUAGACAGGGUGUGUACGUGGACCAGGCCAGCCCUAUGCAGACCCUGCAAACUGGCCCAAAUGUCUACUCUCCCUCUUGAUGAGCAAGAGGGGGGAAAAAAGAGGAUGGCGAGGAAGAUACACAGCAAAGGACAUUACAGGAUUCAUUCUGAUCUUACUUUGUUGGAUUGCAAAUGCAAAAGACAGUUAUCUGAUUAUAUUCAACCAUGCACACAAUCUUUUGACAUAGGAAGCCUUACCUUAAAAAAGAGACAUAGUUGGUGGAUUCUUGUUUUUUUAAACAUAAUGUUGAACUUUAUUUUUGUUGUUUUGUUUUGUUUUGGAGUGUCUGUGUGCAGUCUGGCCUCUUAAUAUGCUUCAGUCUUUAUAUUUGUGGCAUUCUGAAUCGGUGGCACGCCCUCUUGGGUCCUUAGAAAGACCCCAACAUCUCCCUGGUCAGCGGGGCCUCCAGUGUUCAAGGUGUUUAUUCAUUUUUCUGUCUUCCUGGAUGGAUGACAUCAUACCAAAAACACUGCAGACACAGAGGAGACAACAUUGUUUUUUCCCCAUCAAUCGUAGCAUUAUGUUCCAGUUUCAACCACUUUGACAAGUUAAGAUGUAAAUAUUGUGGUACCUCCCAUUGUCAAGCAACACAUGCAUAGACGCAUACUGGCUAGCUCUCGCUUAAGAUGGCUAGCACAGGAAUGUACCACCUUCAGCUAUUCUUGUCCACACUCCACUGACAGUCUGUGUGCAAUGUCAACUUUUUAUUUUAGCAUUUAAAGAAUUCAGAACUUACAGCAAGAUUUCCAUUGAGCUGCUUUAAGGAAAUUUGGUUAACAAUUCGCUGACUUCCCCUCAAGUGUUAAAGACCCAAGGAGGUCGAGGUGUCUGCUUAAGAACUGCGUAUUCAGUUAAACUUGUAAUUUUUUUUUUCAUAUAUAUAUAUAUAUAUAUAUAUAUAUAUAUAUAUAUAUAUAUAUAUAUAUAUAUUUUUUUUUUUUUUUUUAAUUUUCUCUCCACUUCUGUUUUCUAGAGAUACUGCGCUAGACAGUUAGCCCUUAUAAAGGGUGUACCUAAAGGCCUGGUGUAGUGCAUGGCUUGGCCCACGCAUAGAGGCACACUCGUAUGAAAGCAGGGUCAGAGCUUUGUUGGUUAUGGCGUUUAAAUGGCGCGGGUGAGACGAACGGUUCACCUUGUUGCUCCAUGUACCAGUAUUCAAAGUCAAAAGAGGCGUUUUCGUUUUCUACAGACCUGACAUUGCAUACUUUUUGUGUCUAUUGUUCUGUUCUGAACUUUGUUUUCUUUCUGAAUUUUAUCAGACUGGGCAGCUUUCUAUUAUGACCUAAGCUGACUCUUUUUGACUAAAAAGAAACUGUGUAGAGAACACAUUUUUUUCUAUAAUAUAAAAAGAAAUUCUGACAUUAAUAUUGGUACUGUCAUUUUUUUCCUCACUUCUGUUUCAGGACAAAAACGCAACAUAUUUUUAGCUCACCUCUUGGGUAAUAAUUACUAAGAAAUUCAAAAUAAUAAAAAAAAAGUUCUCACUUUUAGUGACUAAGAUGCCUUUAACCUUUCCAUUCCAUCUCAUCUCUAGAGUUUUUCUAUCUUUGUGUAGUAUAUUAAUGCUAUUUUAAACAAAAGGACUACAAAUAUCUAAAGGUCACUUGGCAUUUUUUUUUACUUUUGUGUGUAUAGGAUGACUUCCUUACAUUAAAGAGGCAUGUAAAAAUAAGCUCCGUAUAUUUCUGUCUGUUUAUAUCGCUUCCCUUUUUGUAUCCUUUGGAAUUGUACAUGUUUCGUUGUAUGCUAAGAGAGUACAAAAUAAAUAGAGGAGUGUUUGGCUGAGUGCAGAGUGCUGUGCUGUGCUCAGCGGCCUCAACUCUCUUCUCUGUCCCUGUAUGUAUUUCCAUUUAUCCGGUCCCACCCCUUUCUUAGCAAGUACUUUCAAAGAACUCUGUACAUUUUAACAUAAAAUGAAAAUAAAUUAUGUUGAGCCAUUCA